UUCAGAUCCAUGCGUGUGUUUCCAUACCAGCUCCAUCCGUUCAGAAGAGGCUCCCAGAUUCAUCCCUGAUCAUUAUCAGGGUCCCAGCCGCACCUUUCGGAUGCUACGAGCGAGCCCACCGGGGCUGAAACUUUCAAAGAGCCUGAGCACAGGGGAAGCGAAUUCGUUUCUGGACCAAACAUCAUGCCAUUUCUGCAAUACUUAAGGCAGCAUCUCCCCCGGAGCCUCCUGCAAAGCCCCUGGCUGCAGGUACCAGCCCUCAACAGGGCUUGUAGCCAGGGGACCGUGCGGGAGGGAGGCGAGGAGGCACGGCGAGGAGCCGUUCCCCGCCGCAAAGCCCUGCCACACACGGGGCUCGAGCCCCGCAGGCAGCCCCGAUUCCCAAAGGCCUUUCCCUGCGAACAAUGCAACUUUCCGCGCAAAGGAGCAGGCGUGCGGCGGCACACGAGGCGGGGCGGCGCGUUUCGGGGGAGAGCAGCGAGCACAAAGGCUUGGCACCGGCUGCCGCGGGAGCUGCACGCGGCGGCGUCGGGCUGCUGCCUGCUCCUACGGCUCAGACCUCCCCGUCCUGAGAGCUGCUCAAGGGAAAGAGAUGCCCUGAAGCGCUCCCGUGGACUGCAGAGGAUGGACAAGGCUCCUGGCAAGCGGCACCACCACCCCUGCUCCUGCCCUGGCUCCAACGCAGCCCUUGGAGAGCUCAGCGCCACCAUGAACAAGACCACGGCAUCUCGGGAUCGCUGCCUGUACAAACUGAUGGGGUUUUGUCCACCGGGACGGCGAGGAAUGGGGUCUUUCGGGGUGAGGAAGAGCCCUGGGGGAGGCAGGGAAGGGCGAAGCCCCCGGGGCCGGGCUGCUCGCGGCUCCAGCCCGGCCCCAGCACCCCGAACCAGUUUGCAGAGCCGCGCAGCCCUCUACAAGCCUGGCGAGUCUAACGGGUGCAGCAGCUUCUUGGCACUGCUGGAGGAGCCAAGUCUGAGGGGAAGAGGGAAAAAAAAAAAGAGAGAAAUUACUACAAAUGUUCCACCAGUUAUGAGUCACGGGGCCGAGCUUUGUUUCUGCCUCGCUGGAUUUUGCCCUUUCCCUGGUAUUUCCCCAGCCCCGUCCCGGCAAGCUGGGCUGUGGACGUCCCCCCCUGGGUGACCGCGGCACG